GGGAUUGCGGUGCAGAUUUGACGAGCAACGCAUUCAGUUCGUCUGUCGUCCGAAACUGAAAGCGAAGCUCCCCGCUUUCACUCUACUGCGAGAAGCAGAGCAGACGCCAAGGAUCAAGGAAGAACCAGAAAACCGAAAAUGGAGGAAGAAACACUGAACCCAUACUCUACUAUCUACGAGGCCUACAAUGACCUCCACGGUCUAGCUCAAGAACUGGAGGCUCCCUUCGACGCGCCAGCGGUGCUUGUCGUAGGACACCAAACGGACGGCAAAAGCGCGUUGGUCGAAGCCCUCAUGGGCUUCCAAUUCAACCACGUCGGCGGCGGAACCAAGACUCGCCGACCCAUCACGCUCCAUAUGUCGUACGACCCUCUUUGUGACGUCCCAUUGUGCCAUCUCGUCUCUGAUGAGGACCCCACUCUCGCCCAGGAAAAAUCUCUCCCCGAAAUUCAGGCAUAUAUUGAAGCUGAAAACAUGAGGUUGGAACGUGAGCCAUGUCAAUUCUCAGCUAAGGAAAUUAUCAUUAAAGUGAAAUACAAACAUUGUCCGAAUUUGACUAUUAUAGAUACUCCUGGGCUUAUUGCUCCAGCCCCGGCUCGAAAGAAUCGUGCUUUGCAGAGCCAAGCCCGUGCAGUGGAGGCCCUAGUAAGAACAAAGAUGCAGCAUAAAGAGUUCAUUAUAUUAUGUCUUGAAGAUUGUAGUGAUUGGAGUAAUGCAAUGACAAGAAGAGUUGUAAUGCAAAUUGAUCCAGAGCUUUCGAGAACUGUCAUUGUCUCUACCAAGCUCGACACCAAAAUUCCUCAGUUUGCACGUUCUUCAGAUGUGGAAGUUUUUCUCUCCCCACCUGCAUGCACGCUUGAUGGCUUCAUUUUGGGUGACUCUCCAUUCUUUACAUCAGUUCCUUCUGGAAGAGUUGGGUCUGGGCAUGAUUCUGUUUACAGAUCAAAUGACGAGUUUAAACAGGCAAUAGCAUCUAGAGAGAUGGAAGACAUAGCAUCUUUGGAGGAGAAGUUAGGCCGAAAAUUGUCAAAGCAAGAAAGAAGCAGAAUAGGUGUAAGCAAACUUAGACUUUUUCUGGAAGAGCUAUUACAGAAAAGGUAUAUGGAUAGUGUUCCUUUGAUCAUUCCACUUCUUGAGAAGGAGUACCGCAGCACAGCAAGAAAGUUAAUUGAAAUAAAUAAGGAGCUAAGCACUUGGGAUGAAGUGAAAUUGAAAGAAAAAGGAAGAACUUUUCACGAUCUAUUCCUAACCAAGUUGUCAUUGCUGCUAAAAGGGACAGUUGUUGCACCUCCAGAUAAAUUUGGUGAAACACUAGUAGAUGAGAGAACUAAUGGAGGAGCAUUUGUGGGUGCUGAUGGCCUUCAACUGCCACACAAGCUAAUACCUAAUUCUGGAAUGCGUCUCUAUGGAGGUGCACAAUAUCAUCGUGCCAUGGCUGAAUUCCGUUUUAUUGUGGGAGGAAUAAAAUGCCCUCCAAUUACAAGGGAAGAAAUUGUCAAUGCUUGUGGAGUUGAAGAUAUUCAUGAUGGAACAAACUACUCAAGGACAGCUUGUGUUAUAGCUGUUGCAAAGGCUCGUGACACUUUUGAACCUUUCCUUCAUCAGUUGGGAUGUAGGCUCUUGCACGUUCUGAAGAGAUUGCUUCCUAUCUCUAUCUAUCUUCUUCAGAAAGAUGGUGAAUAUUUAAGUGGCCAUGAGGUGUUUCUCAGGCGUGUUGCUUCCUCUUUCAACAACUUUGCUGAAUCUACUGAGAGAGCUUGUCGUGAGAAGUGCAUGGAGGAUUUAGUGAGUACAACGCGUUAUGUUACAUGGUCCCUCCACAAUAAGAAUCGAGCUGGGUUACGUCAUUUUUUAGACUCAUUUGGUGGAACAGAGCAGUCCAGUGCAGUAGUCAAUUCUAUGUCUCCUGGUAUUUCUCAAGAGUCAUUGCCUGAGUCAGUUGCUACAGAGAAGCAUGACACCAAGCCAAGAACAGAUGUAAAACUCAGUCAUCUAUCCUCAGGCAUUGAUUCAUGCUCUUCUGCUCAGACAGCAGAAACAAAGCUUGCUGACCUUCUAGAUAGCACACUUUGGAACAGGAGACUUGGUCCUUCAUCAGAAAGGAUUGUUUACGCAUUGGUACAACAGAUAUUUCAUGGUAUAAGAGAAUACUUCUUGGCCUCCGCUGAAUUAAAGUUCAACUGCUUUCUUCUAAUGCCAGUUGUGGACAAGUUACCUGCACUUCUCAGGGAGGACCUAGAAUCUGCAUUUGCUGAUGACAUGGAUAAUGUAUUUGACAUCACCAACCUUCGGCACUCCUUGGGCCAACAAAAGAGAGAUACAGAGAUUGAGCUCAAAAGGAUUAAGAGGCUUAAAGAGAAAUUUAGGGUAAUAAAUCAGCAACUUAGUUCGUGUCAACGAAUAUCAAUUUUGUCGCCUGCUUGUUCUGAUUGAUACGGGGUCCGAAUUGGAUAACAAAAUCAAUCACUUGGGUCUGCAGGAUACUAUUGUUCACUUUGUUUGGUAGUCUUAUGAAAAUCCUCAAAUCUCAGUUUCAAAAAUUUAGAUCUGUUUUGCAUGUACUAAUGAGUUUGUUAACCAGCAAUAUUGAAAGAUAUGGGCAGGACAGGAGUCUCUCUUUUUUGGGGAUCACAAACAGUUAGCUCUUACCAAAAGUAUCCCUUUUAGACUCUAAGUGCGACAACAUAACAGUUGUAAGUCAGUUAAAUAGAUUUGGACGCCUUGUUUUCUUUCAUUUAUUUUCUGAGUUGAUUCUGGCUCCUAACUCUUUUCAGGGAUAGUUGUUUAUGUGCUAA